UUCCCUCGCCGCAAUUACUAGAGAUUGUAUUGGAGCUGAUCGUACCCGCGGUCAUCAUCCUGUGUCUGAGUUCGGGACAGUUGCCGCUGUAGCCUUUAAAAAACACUCUGCUCUGCGUUUGUGAGCAAACUUUCGUUCUGGCAAAGAAGACUGGAUUCUACGCGGAACACCUUUGUAAAAAGAACCGGAAUAUAACGAACGAACGAUUUUUUACAUCAAUUUUCUAUUCUUAUUAAUGAUGACGACUAGCGGUGGUGCGAACUGAAUUGAGGCACUAUGUGGCCAGUGUGACUCAAUUACACAUUCUCUGGGGAAAUUGUUCCUCCUCAUUUUUGGGGGAGUGGGACACCAGACUUUCACUAAAACCACAAUAUGCAUGAUGUGUCCAAACCAGGGUCCACAUUCUGCCCAGUAAUGCAGGCUCAAAAAUGACUUUUCAACCAAUAUAUCUAGAUGCAUAACUUCCUAUGGAUCGAACAACAGAACAUCAUGCGCAGGCUUAAAGAAGAGUUUCAAUGCCUCUCCGAAUUCCACAAGGGAAUAUGAGGACUUCUCCACUCUGUCUUUCUGAGAUACUCGCAGCACAAGACAACAGGACCGACCAGGCUACCGGUACGAUGCCCGUCGAAGCCCUCUACAUGGUGAUGGAGGUGAUCAUCGCAGUGACUUCGGUGAUCGGAAACGUAAUGGUUAUCUGGGCGGUGCGGAUCAACCGUUCGAUGCGAGACACCACCUUCUGUUUCAUUGUGUCUCUGGCUCUGGCGGACAUUGCGGUGGGGGCUCUGGUCAUCCCACUGGCCAUCACCAUCAACAUCGGUUUCGAGAUGCACUUCUACAGCUGCCUGCUGGUCACGUGCAUCGUGCUGGUGCUCACGCAGAGUUCCAUCCUCGCGUUGCUGGCCAUCGCUAUCGACCGUUACCUGAGGGUGAAAAUACCCAUGAGCUACAAACAUGUGGUGACACGGCGGCGUGCAGGCACGGCGGUGGUGGUGUGUUGGAUGGUUGCCAUAGUGGUUGGCCUGACGCCCAUGCUGGGCUGGAACAACCAAAUCAAAUCAAAUCAAAUCAAAUUUAUUUAUAUAGCCCUUCGUACAUCAGCUGAUAUCUCAAAGCCGAUAGUGAUGUGUAAGUUUGAGAAAGUCAUCAGCAUGGACUACAUGGUCUACUUCAACUUCUUCGGCUGGGUGCUUCCGCCCCUCGUCCUCAUGCUGCUAAUCUAUGCUGAGAUAUUCUACAAGAUACACCACCAGCUCAACAAGAAGGUGACGGAGAGCCACGUAGACCGCAGCCAUUACUACAGUAAGGAGCUGAAACUAGCCAAGUCAUUGGCUCUGGUCCUCUUCCUGUUUGCCAUCAGCUGGCUUCCUCUAAACAUCCUCAACUGCAUCACACUGUUUAGCCCAAACGGUGACAAGCCCACGCUUCUCAUCUACAUCGCCAUCCUGCUCACACACGGCAACUCCGCUGUGAACCCCAUUGUCUACGCAUUUCAGAUCAAGAAGUUCCAGAAUGCGUUCCGGAAGAUCUGGAAGCAAUAUGUGCUGUGUAGGGACCCGGUAGGCAAGCUGCCCCAGAGAGGGAGUCAGAGGUGCCAGAGCAGAUUGGAGAGGAUGUUGAGGGCGAACGAUGAUAACAAUUAUGUCUGAUCUGGUGAUGAAGGUCAUAGGGGGGCACGGGUCUGUCGCAUCCCGCAAUGUGUAUGUUGUUUGGUGUGGUGUUCUUUUAUGCUUUUUAAAUUUGUACACUUUGUUUGUUAACCAUCUGUUAAUGAUGGCUUUUCAGUGGUGGGGUGUUGGACUGAUCGUGUUGAUCAUGAACAUACUCGGUACUAAAUUGACUGUUAUGGAAACGCUGCCGGCAGCGGAAUCCAAUACAGCAGAGGGUUUCUACUACAAUGCAACUCAAACACGAACGUAAUGGAUAUCCCAAGGGCCAAUCUAAUCCCUGAUUGUCUGCGAGUGGAUUACAAACCCACAUGUAAAUGUGGAAAAUGCAGGGGAAUCAGACAGAGAAGUAUGACAGGAUAGUAGACAGUAUAAAUAAAAUAAAAAACAUCCCUUACCUAACACCUUGCUGAUCAACGCCCAGUCACUGAGGGGGAAAGCGGAUGAGCUGUCAGCGAAUCUGCGCCUCCAACAUGAAUACUUGGAGGCCUGUUUGCUGGCGUUUACUGAGACUUGGCUGGAUGGGUCCCAGACAGGGAAGUGGAGCCAGCUGGCUUCACACUGGCUAGAUCGUGAUCUGACCGUCACAGAGACUCUGUACCCUCGAUAUUGAACUGCUUUCUGUGUCACUGCGACCCUACUAUCUGCCCCGUGAGUUCCCCCAAUUGUUUGUGACCGUUGUGUACAUUCAACCGAAAGAUAAUAUAGCAAAGGCAUCAGAGAUUAUUUAUAAUCUGUCACAGAAACUGGGUUCCAUCUCCCCCGACGCACCCACAUUUAUUUUAAUGGAUUUUAAACAACAGCACUUUGCACAAGGUCCUGCACACGUACAACCAGUAUGUGAAAUGUCACACUAGGAAAAACAAGACUCUUGACCUGUGCUAUGGAACCAUACCAAAUGCUUUCUCUGCCACCAACAGACCUCCCCUGGGGACAUCUGACCACAAUGUUGUCUACCUCCGGCCAACCUACUGUUAGCUCAUGGAGAGGGAGAAACCUACAGUUAAAACUGUCCAGAUCUGGAACGACAACCGUAUCACUCCUCUCCAAGGGUGUUUUGACUGUACUGUGGGGGGUAUUUGAAGACAGCAGCUCUGAUCUUAACAAACUCACAGAUGUUGUUUCAGACUUUGUCAACUUCUGUGUUGAGUCAGUUGUGCCUAUAAAAACCAGUAAAAUAUUCCCUAACAAUAAGCCUUGGGUAUCAAAACAUCUAAAAUCACUACUUGAUAGGAAGAAGGCAGUUUAUGCUGAGGGUGGUAGACAGGCUUUAAGAGAUGUACAACGUGAGAUAAAAAGACAGAUACUGGUGGACAAGGAGGCAUACAAGCAAAGGGUGGAGAGGACCCUCUCCUCAGGAAACUCAAGGGUGGCCUGGCAAAAGAUGAAAUACAUGGCUCAUGCCACCCACAUAGGCAGGGGAAAAACCAAUGCUGACCUUGGGAGACAUGAGCGCCAGAACAAGGCUAAUGAACUGAAUGUUUUCUUCUCAAGAUUUGAAUCAGACGACUUAGGAAGAAAACAAACAAAUGGAAGUAUCAUUACAAGUGUUAGAGAGGGUCGUUGUUAAACAGGCUGAUGUUUUGAAGUUGUUCAGUGGAUGUAAUGCACAAAAAAGCCCAGGCCUGGACAAAAUAAGUGGACAUUGAAGCACUGUGAUGAACAAAUAGUUGGUGUUUUUACAGACAUUUUCCAAUCCUCGCUUGACCGGCAACUGUGGUGGAAUAUUGACUCAGAAAUAUAACACAUUUUCUAGAACUUGUGAAUUCAAAUGAGACUUUAAUACAAGGUAGCAAAGCCGAGCCCUUCCACGUGAAGACUAUUUUACAAACGUAACAGAGCCGAUCCCCUCCAUGGAAAAUACUAAAUUCUCAUAUUACAGAGUCCUGCCUUUAUAGGAUUCUGUCUUUGCAUAACGUAUAAAGUCCCCUCCCUGUAUAUGAAAAUAGCUUCCCUUGACUUUUCUUUAUCAUCACUUUUCCAUCUCAGUUCUUGCAUGUUAACACCCACAUCUGACAGCUGUAUAGGUUAUAAUGGUAGCAGGGCCCUGGUCCUAUACUGGUCCUAUAUGUUCCAUUCCUUAUAUGGCCAUUCUGUCUUAGCUCUCCAACAUAAACAGCUUAGAUGCUGCUAAUAAUGGAAAUGUAAUCGAUAGUCAUGGGUUUUGCUCCAACACAACACAUGCCAGUAUUGUGGAAAACCUCAAUAAUUAUACCCAUUCCUAAAGCAUCUUAGCCCUCUUUGCUACAUGACCCUGUCACCUUGACAUCCUUAGGAAGGAAAUGCUUUGAGAAAAUUGUGAAAGGUCAUAUUCUCAGCACCACCCGUUUCAGUUUGCCAAUCAGCCCAGCAGAGGAGUUGAUGAUGCCAUUCUCACUCUCCUCAACAUGAUCUACAGACAUCAAGAGGGCGCCAAAUCCCAUCUCAGUGUUCUGUUUGUUGACUUUCCUUCUGCCUUCAACACAAUCCAGCCUUAUAUUCGGGCACAGAGACUCAUAAGUGACAUCUCCUGAGAUGGGGGGCUGGUUUUGUGGCUGUUGAACUUCCUGAGCCAGAUGUCACAGCGGGUCAAGUUGGGUGUCGGACAUAUGCACCACCAACACAGGCUCCCCACAGGGAUAUGUUUUGUCCCCACUCCUGUACAUUUUGUACACCAAUAGUUGUACUAGUUCCCAUCCGGACAGACACCUAGUUAAGUUCGCUGAUGACACUGCCUUGAUCAGCCUGUUGCAUGAUGACGAGGAACAACAUGGCCCGGUCCUAAAUGACUGUGUGGAGUGGUGUGAUGAAUCACACUUGGUCCUCAACGCCAACAAGACCAAAGAGAUGUGCAUAGACUUCAAGAAGCGUACAACACCUACCUCUGCAUCGUCUAUCAGAGGUCAGAACAUAGAGAUAGAGGAAUACAAAUACCUGGGUGUCCUCUUGGACAAUAAGAUUCAGUGGAGGAAAUGUACAGACCUGAUCUACUAAAAGAGUCAACAGAGACUGUACUUUCUAAAAAAGCUGGGAUCAUCUAAUGUUGAGAGUAUUUCAACUUUUUGUAUUGUGUGUUGGUUUGGCAAUUGCCCGUGUCAGCCAGAGAAACAUCCUGAGAAGGAUUAUCACCACAGCAAGCAAGGUACUUAGAGUCAAACAGACAGGCCCUCAGCAAGGCUCAUAAAAUUAUUUUUAGACCCAAGCCACCCCCUGUACCCGGACCUUGAACUACUCCCCUCUGGGUGCAAGUCUAGGGCACCCCCUUGCAUGAAAACUAAACUAGACAAUAAUUUGUGCCAGGUGUGAUAUCCCUCCUAAACAGUUCCUAUCGACCCAGUAAGGCCAGCAGGCUAGUCUUUUUUUAUUUGGAUGUAACUGUUAUGAAUAUUGUGCUGUCAAUUAGUGGUAUUGUCAUGUAUAUGUUUAAACACCAUGUUAAACAUGUACAUGAUACUGCAGCAACAUUUCCCCACGGGGAC